AUGGACAGAAGGUGGAUACAGAACCCGAACAGAUGCGCAGACGAAUACUUGGAUGGAAUCGAGGAUUUUAUUGAGUUUGCACGUAGACACAACCCGGGUGCAACUAGAAUCCGUUGUCCUUGUAGGAGGUGCAACAACACUAAGAAUGGAAUGAUUGAGACAUAUAGCAUUUGGAACCUUCACGGGGAACAAUUAGAGCAUGCUUCGUCUUCAAAUGCCACAAGAGUGGACAAUGUUCAACCUAUUGUGGAUGCUAAUGAUCAAGUCAUGGAUAUUAUACAGGAUGUUUUUCCAUUUGCAUCGACCAACAUGAAUCAAGAAGAGCAAGAUGAUGUGCCUACACCAAUAGACAGUGCGGAGUUUGAACAAUAUGAGAAAAUUGUUAAAAAAAUGCCAACCAAGAGUUAUACCCGGGGUGCGAGAGCUUUUCCGUUCUCACGGCCAUUGUGGAGCUAA